AUGGCCAGAACCAAGCAGACCCAGAACCGAACCCAUCCCAAGGAAAAAGGCCAGGAGCAGGCCGCCACCAAGGCCAGGUGUAAGAGCGCCCAGCCCCCCGGGGCCGGAAGAAAGCCCAUCGCCAGGCCCGGCACCGUGUGGCUGAGAUCGAUCCCCACCUCACAGAAGUCCACCACCGCGCUGCUGAUCUGCCAGCUGCCCUUCUGCCGCCUGGUGAAUCAGGACUUCAAGACCGAGACCGACUUCCAGCUCUCCGCUAUCAUGGCGCUGCAGGAGUCCAAGAGGCUUUACUCUGGUCGGCCUGUUGUUAGGGACACCAACCUGUGCGCCAUCCACGCCAAGAGGGUCACCAUCAUGCCCAAAGAUGGAGCUGUAUCGCACUUUGCUUGUGCCACUCAUAGCUCAAAACUCAACAACAAUGUAUCUUCUUAA